CAUUACCCAACGGCUAGUUUUCUCAUUGUCUCUUCCUCUCUUAUACAUUCUUCCCCCUUUUCUCUUCGCCUAGGGUUUCGAAAUUUUCCAAUCCGAUUUGAACAAUUCCUGUCUUCUAAUCGGAAUUAAUAUCUCCUGUCUUCAAAUUCCUGUCUUUUGAAGAAAUCCGAUGGUAAUGGAUGCUAGAAUCGGCCGAUCUAUGGAACACCCAUCUACACCGGCGAUUACUGCUCCGGCGCCGGUUCCUCCACCGUCAACGCGACGGCCAAGAGUGAGAGAAGUGAGCUCUAGAUUCAUGUCUCCCGUUUCCUCUUCGUCGUCGUCGUCAUCUUCCUCCUCUUCCGCCGGAGAUCUUCACCUGCUGACUUCAAAUUCUCCCAGGCAUCAUCACCAACACCAGAAUCAGCGGUCCACUUCGGCUCAGAGGAUGAGACGACAAUUAAAAAUGCCAGACGGCGACGAGAAUCGUCCUACCGAGACGGCGCGUAGCUUAGACUCGCCUUUUCCUAUCCAACAUGCCGACGGAGGUAAAAACCCUAAGCAGCAGGUUCGAUCUAAGCCGUUGAAGGAGAACGGCCACCGUCUCGACACUCCAACGACGGCGAUGUUGCCGCCCCCGUCUAGAUCGCGGCUGAAUCAACAGCGGUUGCUUACAGCUUCCGCCGCGACUAGGCUUCUCCGGUCGAGCCUAUCUUCCUCUACGGACGGUGAAGAAGAUAACAAGAGAGAGAUAUCCAAAUCCAACGGCUUAGAUCUGUUGCCAGCAAUCAGGAACCAAGCAAAGGUCUUUAACACUCCCACCGCCUCACCUCUUUCUCGAUCCCUGAGUUCCGACGAUGCUUCCAUGUUUCGAGACGUAAGAGCUUCAUUGUCGCUUAAAAAUGGGGUUGGUUUGUCAUUGCCUCCGGUGGCUCCUAAUUCGAAGAUUCAAGCUGAUACAAAGAAGCAGAAGAAAGUUUUAGGACAACAAGCUGAUGUUCAUUCUCUGAAACUGCUCCAUAACCGCUACUUGCAAUGGAGAUUUGCCAAUGCAAAUGCUGAGAUUAAAACACAGUCUCAGAAAGCACAAGCCGAGAGAAUGUUUUAUUCCCUUGGUUUGAAAAUGUCAGAGUUGUCCGAUUCUGUACAGAAGAAACGCAUAGAACUCCAACAUUUACAGAGGGUCAAAGCUGUUACAGAGAUUGUACAGUCUCAGACUCCCUCUUUGGAACAAUGGGCUGCCCUUGAAGAAGAAUUCUCAACUUCACUAUCAGAAACAACUGAAGCGUUGGUGAAUGCUUCAUUGCGGUUGCCUCUCGAUUCAAAAACUAAGGUUGAGACUAAAGAGUUAGCAGAAGCACUUGCUGUAGCUACAAAGUCUAUGGAAGGCAUUGUGCAAAACAUUGGCAAUCUGUUGCCUAAGACACAAGAGAUGGAGACUUUGAUGUCGGAACUAGCAAGAGUAAGCAGCAGAGAAAAAGCAUCAGUAGAAGAUUGCAGAGUUUCAUUGCUUAAAACACAUUCGUCACAGAUUGAAGAAUGCUACCUUAGAAGCCAGCUUAUCCAACACCAGAAGAAGUGCGUGCAGCAAGAGUGCACAACUUCGGUUUAAUAAAUUUUUUCCCAGAAGGUUACUUACUACACAGUAAACAAAGCGAGCCAUAGUUAGCAUAGUUACUAGCUCUUUGGUUUGGCUUGGAACUCAUAACCUGUUUUAUUACAUACCUGAAAUAACAAUUGAAUGUGUACAUAUACAUCAGUUGUCUUGUAAUACCUGAGUGUUAAUGAUCAAUUAGCUUUGUCUGAGCA